AUGGACGCCGUUCCAUCUACUCGCAUGCCGUCAGGGUGUCCGGCUAUAUCUGAAGGUCCCCGAAAUUUCCUUGAUUCUCUUCCUUCUCCGAUAGCCCCUGCACCUCCCGGUAGCUUGGGUUAUGUGAUCACCAAGGAGCAUGUCGAGGAGAUGCGACGGAUGGAGCGUCUGUGUGAGGCGAAGGAAGAGCAGCUUCACAGAGAGUACAAGCCUAUUUUUCUUCCAGUGGAUGCAUAUUUGAGCAAGGAGAUCAACUGUGAACUCAUCAAUGUGGAUAUACGCAGCUAUCCGUGGAAAAAUACGCCUUUUGGCGAUGUUUAUUACUCGCCUCGCUAUAGCGACGAUCGCUAUGUAUACCGGCACGUGCUGCUGACGAAUGGAGUCAGGAAGGAAGCGGAAAGGGUGGCAGCGACUGUUCCAGGGGGACUCCUCACGGAGGAGGUUUUCGUGCAUUAUUUGGGCAUCGUUCUGUCCAGCGGAUGGUCGCACUUCAUGCUUUUCAACAAGCAGUUCAAGGAACUCAUCCUCAGGCGUCCCAAGGAAGCGGAAGCUCCAACGACUGGAGAGGAAGCUACGAGGAUCCGAGACGGCGCUCCUGGACCGAAUGACGAGAUUGAUUCGGACAGCGGGGACGACGAAGGGCAGCGCGCCGCCAUAGCGGCGCUCCGACGGACGGGCAGUGCGGCAACGCUUGAGAUGCACCACACGGGUUCAGCGGAAAAAGAAAACGUCGCAGAGAUAACGCAUGCAGGUGCUGCGAAUAUUCCGACAAAGGACGACGCAAGCAAAGCCGCAAACGGCGCUGCUUCCGCAGUUGAUCUAGAGAAGGAGAAUCCCAGCCGAGCCGGUGGCCUCAAGGCCGCCGCCCCCGCCAGGCCCCCCAGCGACACUGCACAAGUCAGUGAUUCUGUGAGGCUACAAGUGCGAAGGAGAACAGCCCUAGGGCAUCGAGCGGCUUUGCACAGCGCGACUGCGCCACUGCAGCUGCCGAAAGGAGGCCGCGGCGAUGGAGUGCAGGACGCCGCUAAGGCCGCGGCAAAGCCGCGAGGAGGACGCACGGGUGUCCGUCGUAAAGAUCCCACUUUGCAGCCACGCGGAGGGGCAGAAGCGGCACAGAAAACUGCUUUCGGAGAUUUGAACGCAGAGGAAGACAACUCCGAGAACGCUUCUACAGGCAGUUUGGUGGCGCUGAGCAACGGUGCUGCCGCGCGGAAAGCGGCUGUCAUGAGUGCAGGCGAAAUCUCGCGACCGCUGCCCAAAUCGGGGAUCCGAAGAGGUCUUGCAGCAGAAGCUGCAAAAGCUGAUGCAGACGCCGUCCGAACAAGCGGACGGUUGGAAGAGAAAGCUGCAAAUGCACGAAGUCUCGCCGCUAAGAGACGCCUUGAGGGAGGAACGGCGGCACCCGAAUUGCCCAGAGGCCGCAAGCGGGAUUCAAAAGUACCAAAUAACGUCAAAUCCGGGCCAGAGGGGGCCCUGCAAUAUGUACAUUGGGCAGGGAGAGGGCGCUCGGGGCGAACUGCUCCGCCUAUCGCAGAGAUACAGAAACGCAUGCCUAUUGGUUUAAAUGCGUAUAUGUGCAACCUGUGCUCUGUUGCAUCUCGUGUUCAUCGUGCGCUCCCUAUAGCAGUGAGGCUUCGCUUCGUACCACCUCCUGCAGCCCUUUAUUCAAGCUUUCUGCACGCUCCAGCACUUGGAUGCAGAAAGAAACCGAAUAAGUAUCAGGGCCGUAGGAUCGUUGAGAUCCUUGGCCACAAUAGUGGGAAACAAUUCCAAAAUGCAAAGCAACAAGAGGGAUUUCAACAAACUCGAUCACUUUAUAUUGGCAUAGAUGCCCUACUCUAUCUGGAAUAUGUGCGUGUACCGUUUAGCUUCAGAAGCCUCUAUGCGGAAGGAUAA